CGGGUCGUCGCCAACACGCUGGUCGUCAUGGGCAUCCUCUACUUCUCCACGAUGCUCGGUCUCGUGGUCGAGGCGGUGCAGGCCAAGAUGCAGGCUCUGCGCGAGGGCAAGUCCGUGGUGGUGGAGCGCGGUCACACCGUCAUGUUGGGAUGGACCGAGAAGUCGCUGCUGUUCGUGAAGGAGAUCAUCAACGCGAACGAGUCCGAGGGCGGCGGCGUCAUCGUGGUGCUGUGCAAGGAUGGCAAGGAGCAGAUGGAGAAGGAGCUGAACCUGUUCAUCAAGAAGGCUGACCUGAAGGGGACCUCCGUCGUGUUCAGGCAGGGCUCGCGUCUGAUGAUCGGAGAUUUGGAUAAGGUGUCCGUCUCCACCGCGAGGUCCGUCGUGGUCUUCUCGGACACGACGAUGGUCCCGGACCAGGCUGACGCGGAGAUCCUCCAGGUGAUCCUCAACCUGAACAACAUGUCGCUCUCCGGACACGUCGUGGCGGAGGUGAGGGACAAGGACAACGAGGCGUUGAUCCACCUCAUCGGACGCGGCAACGUCGAGACCGUCGUGUCGCACGAUAUCAUCGGGCGUCUGAUGCUCAUGGCUGUCAGGCAGCCCGGCCUGGCGGAGGUGUACGGGUCCAUCCUCGGCUUUGAGGGUGACGAAUUUUACACCGAGCACUGGCCGCAGCUGGUGGGUACCAAGUGGAAGGACGUGCAGCUCAUGCUGCCCGAGGCGGUCCCGAUCGGCAUUCGCAACUCGAAGAACGGCGAGAUCACGCUGAACCCGAGCCACGACCACGUGAUGACCGAGCGGUGCGAGCUGGUGGUCAUCGCCGAGGACAAUGACACCUACGCGCCCAAGCAGAGGCACAGGUGUGACCCGGGCGUCGUGCCGAUUCUGGAGAACGAGGAUGACGAAAAGGAGUACAUCCUGUUCGCGGGCUGGCGCCGCGACCUGCGCGAUAUUUUGCUGCUUCUGGACGCGAUGUGCGCCCCGGGCUCGGAGAUUCACAUCAUGGCCAGCGUUCCCCUCUCCGAUCGCGACGCGUUGUUGUCCGAGGGCGGCCUCGAGGUUGAUUCUCUUCGCAACAUCUCGCUCAUCCACCACGUGGGUAACACCGCCAUGCGCCGUCACCUAGAGUACAUGGGCAUCGAGAAGUUUACCAGCUGCAUCAUCUUCGCGGACGAGGAGGAGGAGGGCGACAUCAUGCAGAGCGACUCCAAGUGCCUCGCGACACUUCUCCUCAUUCGCGACAUACAGAACAAGCACAAGAAGCUGAGGGAGCAGGGGUUCAUGGCCAAGUCCACGGUGAAGCGCGCGGCGAUCGGCGGCACGCGCGAGGACGAUACCAUUCCCAUCGUCACCGAGAUUCUCGACCCGCGCACGCAGCAGACAAUCAAGGAGAACCCCGAGAUGCGAGCUGUGUCUGACUUUCUCCAGUCCAACGACAUGGUUUCAAAGAUCCUCGCGAUGGUUUGUGAGGACCGGAGCGUGAAGACCAUCUUGGACCAGAUGCUCGCGCCGCGGGGCGCGACCGUCGCGUGCAUCCCGGCAUCGCGGUACGCGCUGGAUGACGAGGAGCUCUCGUUCUUCCAGAUGGCGUGCAGGUGCCAGGAAUUCGGCGAGACCCUCCUUGGAUAC